CAUUUCGCUUUGCUUCUGACGUCACCGUCUUCUCCCCUUUUUAUUGGCUGAAUUAUUCAACACGAAAUUUGAAAAUAUUGGGAAGGUAUUUUGUCAAGGAGGCUUUAGGAAACCUACUAGCAGUUGGAACUAUAACCAAACAUGGUCUCCAUAAUGGCAGCUAGUGCAGGAAGAUCUGGAGAUGGAUUUAAUUUUCAUCUCACUGCAACACAACUUAUCAGGCAAUUUGCAAAUAAUGCAGAAGAUCACUUCACCUGGCUGGAAGAGAUAUUAAUAGAAGCAAAGAAAGCAUUUAAAAGCCCAGAGGUAGAACUGUUGCCGAAAACCCCAUCUGCUAAACGUGGUCGUAGAAGAAAGAAAGAUGAUUUAUCUGAAAGUGAUGACAACUGCAAGCCACCAGCAAAAAAGGCCAGUCGUGCAACAGGUAAAAGAAAGAAGACGAGAAAGGAGUCAGUUGAAUCUGUUGAGUCCAGCACAUCUGAAAGCAUUGAUAUGGAGCCCAAAGAAGGAUCUCCAGUUGUUGAAGAAGAAACUCCUCCUAAGAGGCAUGUAAGGCCAAACACACGGUCAGCAAAUACCACAGGGCGUACAACAAGAAACAGUCGAAAUACAAGGUCCAAUAAAGACAAAGUUCAGGAGGUUGUUGCUCCAUCCCCCAUUAUGAAUAUGAUUGACAGUGUAAAGGCAGUAGAACCUACUGAUGACAUAAAAACUCCAAUCAAUGACAAAGAGAAUGCUGAAGUUGGACCUGGUGAACCAGAGGACAAGCUUGAAGUUACAGAAUUAAAAGCCAAGAAUGCACUCAAACAUGUUUCACCAAUCAAAAUCAACACCCAAGCAGCGAAUUCAUUUCAAAGUCCAAAGUUUAUCAAGGAUUUUGUUGCCAUGAAAGUCAAGGAGAAAAUCCAUGCUCUUGAGGAGUUCAUGCGUCCAGGGCGUGGCAGUCCAAAACAAUCGGCAACACCUGUUAAUGAUCCUCAGAAAUCUUCUGACAACAUGAAGACACCAGUGUCGAAAGGAUCAGCAGACACCCCUCAAACACCACCAACAGUGGUUACAAAAACACUUGUCAAGGUGAAGUCCAGAAUAGGUCGUACUUCUGAUGAAGCUGUGAAGGAUACUUCAAACAUCCAGGGGGAAGAGAAAAUGGAAACUACUAUUGAAGUGCCAGAAAAAAUGGUUCCUGUUAGUGGUGAUAUUCAAAAAGAAGCUGUUUGUGUUGCCAAUUUAGCUGUUGUUGAAGAUACGAAAAAAGAAAAUGAGGUUCUUUUGAAGAACAGGAGAAGUAGUAUUACUGUAUUAGGAGUGAAAUCAGGGUUGCAUAGAACAUCCCUGACAGGGAAACCUGGUCCCCGACGAUCCAAGUCUUCCAGAGUAUCUUCUUCAACUCAGAGGUCCACUCGCACCAAGACAAUAAGGAAACAUAUCCACAAGGAAGAAGAUAAUGACUCUGAUGAUGCACUUGUAACAGAGAGUGAUCUAGAAGAUAUGGUAGCUAAGAAUGAAAAUAUCCCACAUCAAGUUACCACAGCUAAGAGUUCACCCAGUGCAGCAACACCAGGUUCAGACAGAAAGGUUACACGUUCAAAACUAAGGCUGAAAAAGCCUAUAAAGAAAGAUGCCACUUCACUCGCCAGUACUCCAGACAAAAAUCAGAACCCUGUGAGGAGUACCAGAACCAAAGUGCUAUCCCGUCAUCAAACUAAGUGUUCUAGUUCAGAUACAGAGAGCAAUGGUACCCCAUCAAAGGAUGCAGUGUUUCAAGUUCCAACUGCCCCAGCUCCUAAAGCUAGGUAUUCAUCUACCAAGGACAGCCCUGCUGACAGAGUUAGACAUCUGUCGAAUAACAGGCCUAUUGACCGAGUUCAACAUAUUGUUCAAAGAAGCAGUCCAGCAACAUCAGAUUCAGAAGGAGAAGUAAGGCGAUCAACCAGAACAAAACAGAGGCAGCUACAUCAACAAUUACACAUUGCAAAACCAGCAGUAAAUAGUGAAUCAUCUAUUGUACCUGCCACCAGCAAAAGUGAGGAAUCAGAAAGUGGGAGAACAACACAGUCUGAUUCUUCUAGCCCACCAGAGGUCCAACAGGUCAAACCAAACACUCCAGGGUCUGAGCAGUCAAAAACACCCACAGUGGUGUCCAACACUGACUAUGAUGCAUCUGAUGAUGAGGCCACUCCAGUUGCACAGCUCGAGCAACCACGACGUACCACACGUACCAAGACACUAAGAACACGACUCAGCACACAGGCACAGCGAAAGCAGCCUGAGUCUUCAGAUGAAGAGGCAGCCCACAAUGAGGACGCAAUUCCACCUCAGAGGACGACAAGGUCCAAAAUGAGACAGAACAAACCUGUACCUCAAGUGGUGUGUGUAAGUGAUGCUGACUGUGAAAAUACUCCAACCAACCCACAAGCUCCUUCCUCACUGACUGAGAAUGCUGGAAGGUUCACUAGAAGUAAGAUGCGCAAAAGACCCCCGGCCUCUGGUUCUGAAGACUCUGAUGCCGUCAACCCACCCGAGGCAAAGAAGAUGACAAGAGAAGCAAUGAGUUCAGAUGAAGAAGCUAGAGCCAGAACAGAAGAGGACACUGAUAAAGCAAUGGUUCAAAGCGAGACCCCUUGCAAAACACCUGGGAGCGAUUCUGACUUCCAUACGCCUAGCAGUGCUAAUAACAGUGACAUAGUUGAGAAGACACCUUCUCCAGAAUGUCCCAGAAAUAAGGUUAUAAGACCUCAUCCAGCAUCUUUUCUUAAUGCAUUGAACCAGAAGAAAGAGGCAUUGAAUAGCAGAGGCAGUGUGGUUACUUCUUUCAUACAAAGAAACACCCCCAAGAAAAUGACAUCAAAGGAGAUAGCUGAAAAAAAGAAAGCUGAAUUGGAAAUGAAAAGGCAAAAGGACAAGGAUAGAUUGAAGAAAAGGGAUGAAAGGAUCAAUCAAAAAGUUGAAGAGCAAAAAAGAAAAAGAGAGGAAAGAAUGAAAAAAGUGCAAGCCAUAAAAGAGGAGAAGGAGAAGAAAGAAAUGGAGUUGAAGAGGAGAUUGGAAUUAAAGUUGCAUGAGAGGCAACAACUUGGUGAUGAAGUCAGAGAUAAGGCAGUCAGAGAAACAAAAGAAAAAAUACGAGAGAGGCAAAAAAAAUUACAAGAAGCAGAGGAAAGAAGAAAACAAGAAGAAGCAGCUAGACUUCAGAAACUACAAGAACAGGAAGAAGAAGCUAAGAGGCAUGACAAAAUGCUAGAGCGCAAGAAACAGUAUGAGGAAGAAGAGAGACAAAGAAAAAUUGCUGAAAGUAAAAAGCAACAAGAAGAACGUUUAGCUGAGAUUGAAAAGCAGAGGCAGGAAGAAGUAGAAAGACUAAGGUUGAAGAAAGAGGAAGACGACAAGCUCAGAGAAAGGCAGAGAGAAGAAAGGGAAAAAGAGCUAGCGAGAGAAAAGGCUGAAAGGGAAAAGGCUGAAUUUGAAAAAAUCAAGGAAAAAGAAAAACUUGAGAAAGAAAGAUUGGAACAGGAAAAAGAAAUGGAAAAACAACGACUAAAAGAAGCUUCCAAGAAAGAUGAAGAAAAACGAGCAAAACAGGAACAUUCCAGACAUAACCAACCCCAUCAAAAUGCACCAAUGAAAUCCAAACUGAAUACAACUUUGGAGUCCUAUGACAUGACUCCUCCACCAGCCAAGAGGCCCUACAAGUUACCCGAUCCUGAUAAUUAUGACAUCAAUGAUCUGAAGUCAGAUGAAUCUACUGACGAUGAAGAUCAACCAAGGAAAAGAAUUCCUGCUUGGGCACAGGGGGCUCCCCUGAAAGCUGCUCUGAUAAAUCAGCACUAUCAUCCACCAAACAUGGAAGAUAUGUUUCCUGUCAUUGAACCUCCAGAUCUAAAUGCAAUGUUUGCUAAGAAGAAACAGAGGUUCAACAAAAGGACUAGUUCUGCCAUCUGGGACUCACCAUUAUUGAAGCCUGGUGCUUUUUAAUGGAACUGCUUGUGUAUUAUAUUGUAGAUAAUCUCAAAGGCAGUAGAAUAUUAUUGCCUUUUAUCAUCUUUCCUAAAUACUUGGCAGUAGAAUAUUAUUGCCUUUUAUCAUCUUUCCUAAAUACUUCAUCAUUCAUUAAACUUUGUUAUAUUAUAAAUUAAUGGAAGGCAAUUAUGUUUAAUAGAUGGAUAGGAAGACUGUAAACAAAAAUAUUGAUGCCAUGUACAUUAUAAUUUUGAAUGUGAACAGUAUGGAUGAAAGGUGACUGUAUGGAUUGUACUGAAAAAAGUGAAAGGGAUGUGCCCUUGGUUAAUUGUCAAGAGACCAGAUUUAUUUGGAAAUGAUAGUUCUGAAUAUUACAGAUGUAAUUGGACCCUAUAUAUUAUGUAUUAUAACUGUAUUGGAAGUUAAAUACCUUCUGCUUAAUGGCAGAUGUGGCACGGUAGUUCUACUUUUAAGAACACAUUACACAGGGAGAGCUUGUGGGUAUUUUGGGCACAAAGCAUGUGCAUUUUAUUAUGAAUGAAAAUGUUUUCACAAAUAGUUGAAUCUGUGUGGGUUUUAGUCCAGAUAGAGUCACUAGGUGAUUGGUUAAAUAACUACUUAUUUAACAUUGUUAAUUCAUUGAAACCUCAUGCAACAGAAACUCGAGUCCAACGAUAUAGCCAAUUUUAGUUCCAAGAAGUCCCAUUUAUAUUGUAGCAAAGUGGGCUAAAGACGCUUGGCUUUUUAUGUUUAUUUGUAGAUUGCUAUGUAGCAUUUAUAAUUGUAUGCCUUUUGGAAAAAGAUGAAUGGUUUUGUAAUGCUGUUAUAAUAGAUCUUUUAACAGUACAGAUAACUUUUGUUGUCAUGUUAUAAAGUGGUUUUCUUCUACUUGUAAGCUACAAUUUCCAGACGCAAGUAAUUCAUUUCAAUAAUAAACUCCACUUAAGUAUUGUCAUUUUUUAAGGUUGCCACUUUCAAAUAUUUUAGUUUGAAUAUGUCCAAUAAAAAUUGUGAGA